CAUGAAGGCAGCCGUGUUUACAAGACGCCGUUUGCAACACGUGCUGUUGUUUCGGUAAAGCACCGUAGGACGACUGGUAAAGGAUAACAACGCACGAUCAUUAUGACCCGCUCCAAAAAGAAGAAGGACGACGUCGAAGAAAUUCCAAGAGGCGUUCCAAAGUCUGGUCGAGUAUGGAAAAGCGAGAAAAAAAGGUUCUCCAGCAUGGUGAAGGACAGGCCUCUCAAGACAUCUUGGAAAUUUAAGAUGGAACAGCGUGCUGAGAGAAAGGCAUUAUUGGCACUUGACCGUGAAAUCAAGGAAGAAAAGAAGAGAAAGAUUGAGGAGAAGAAGAAAAGGCGGGAAGAAAACCUGAGGCGACGUGAGGAGAAUGCCAAGAAGUCUGAAGUAGUGCAAGUGAUCAAGAACACUGCCAAAAUCAAGCGGAUGUCCAAGAAGCAGCUGCGACUCGUCAAGAAGGCUGACACUACAGUCGUUUCUAAGAAAUCCUCCAAGAAUGCUGGCCAAUAAAGGUGAAGGUGUAAUGUACAGAAUAUGUGUAAAGAUUAAAUUAUGUUCACU